AUGUCACAACCAUGGGACUACAUAGCAAAGCUCGUCUGCAUCGGUGAUUCGGGAACGGGCAAGUCCAGCCUCUCAAUACGACUCUGUGAAGGACGAUUCUCGCCAACCCACGAUGUGACUAUCGGCGUCGAAUUCGGCUCGCGCGUUGUCCCAGUCGGCCCCCCAGCAUCCAAGAGUCUCGACAUCGAUCAUUACAAUACCACCGGUAGCCCAACGCAAUUACAAACCCCCGCUACUGGCACUCCGGAGAAGAAUGGAUCAACACAAAAGAAAAUGAAAUUAUCAUUAUGGGACACCGCAGGCCAAGAAACCUACAAAUCCGUCACACGCUCAUACUUCCGCGGCGCAUCUGGUGCCCUGUUGGUAUUUGACAUCACUCGUCCAUCGACAUUCGCUUCAGUGACGAGCUGGCUCCAGGAUCUUCGCCAAAUAGCCGAGGACGGAAUCGUCGUGGUCCUCGUAGGAAACAAGUGCGACCUCGCCGGGAACGAGAAAUCCUCGGAUAGUCAGGGAGAAGGACAAACCAAAAACCAGAGAAGAGUCACCCGCCAAGAAGCCGAGGAAUGGUGUCGGCAAAAUAAUGUAAUUCGCUACAUUGAAACGAGCGCUAAGUCGGGCGAAGGAGUCGAACGGGCGUUUCUCGAAGUCGCGGAGAGGAUAUAUCGAAAUAUUGAAGCGGGAAGGUAUGAUCUGAAUGAUCGACGCAGUGGCGUGAAGGGAUACGGUGCGUCCAAUGGUGGGAUGAGUACGGCCCCUCCGCGGACGAUUACGUUGGGAUUGAACGAUGCUAUGGAUCGGGGUGGGAAGAGUUGGAGUGGUGGGUGUUGCUGA